UCUUGCAAUACCGCACACUCAUCAUGAACUCGCACCGUCAACUCGUCCAGUACGGCGACCUAGAACAAUCGCAGCAAACAAAUGGGGCCAGCAGCUCAGCAGCAGCUUCGCAUUCACGUCAAUCACCUCCAUCCAAAAAACGCAAGAGGUCAAACCAAAAAGCCAAGCGUCCCAGAAAAACUGCCCAUUGGGAUGAACCAGGAGACAAUCAAAUGAACUACGACGAUACCAGUGCGCAGGGUGAGGACGGUGAAAUUGAAGAGGAAGAGAGUCGGGAGCUCACACACGAAGAAAUAUGGGAUGACUCUGCGCUCAUCGACGCUUGGAACUCUGCCACAGCAGAAUAUGAGGAAUUCCACGGAAAAACGCAAGACUGGAAGUCAGACACUGCCAAGAAAUCCUCUCUAUGGUACAACAUCCCUUAUAAUAGUUCGAAGGAAAAGGCUAAGACACCUAGGUCAGCGAAAGUGAUGUCUACAAAGGCCGUCAGUCAGGCUUCUGCAGCUGGAGAGGAGGACUCUGCCCCGCUUGAUUUCGAUACUUUCAUCCCGUCGUAUGACCCUUCGCUUCCGGUGCCCUCUGAGGCCCCAGCGGCACCCGAGUCCUCAUUUUUCAUACCUGCGCCUUCAACUAUCAUGGUAAGCCGCGAUGAAGCUUUCAGCCGUGCUCUUAGUGCGAUGUAUUGGGGCGGAUACUGGACCGCAGUAUACCAUUGCCAAAAUCAGCAUUCCUCUCAAGAGAUUGUCGAGGAUGCUGUCGGGGAGGAAGAUCAUCAGGAAUACGAAGAAGGUGAUGAAAAAGCUCUUGAGGUUGAAGCCGAAGAUUUGGUACCUGCUCAGCGGUAAUAUGACCAAAACGUUAUUGGAAUGGGUGCAGAUGGUGUUACGGAAUUGAAGGUGAGGACUCAAAGCUACGGAAUCAUUGACUGCUCAUUUGUGUGCUACCUGAGGCUGUGGCUCAUUAAUGAACAAUUCAAUGUCAUCAUUGCCUCGGCGUAUGCGUGCGAUAGCGUGUUCGAAGCAUGAUGGGAUGAAAAAAAGAACAACGGAAAAUGUACUUGAAAUGUGUCUGAAGCAUGAUGUUUCGACCAUAUCGUCAUUAAUUCGAUCUGGGCGAUGAUCUUUAGGCCAUCGAAACAGAGAUUAAUGCUGGGCGUUUGAUGGGUGUACAGG